CGGGGCUGCUCGGGGCGGAGAGGCCGCCAUGGCGAGCGGGAGCGGCGCCACGCGCAUGAGUGUGGCCUCGCAGUUCUUCACUCAGGACGACGGCGGGGGCGUCGACGGCAUGAGCACCUCGGAGCGGGUGGUGGACUUGCUGAACCAGGCGGCCCUGAUCUCCAGUGAUUCAAAAAUCACCAUGCUCAAGCAGGUCCAGGAGCUGAUCAUCAACAAGGACCCAACGCUACUGGACAAUUUCCUAGAUGAGAUCAUCGCCUUCCAGGCAGACAAAUCGGUUGAGGUGCGCAAAUUUGUCAUCGGCUUCAUCGAGGAAGCUUGCAAGAGGGACAUCGAGUUGCUGCUGAAACUGAUUGCCAACUUGAACAUGCUGCUCAAGGAUGAGAAUGUGAAUGUGGUGAAGAAGGCCAUCCUUACCAUGACCCAGCUUUACAAGGUGGCCCUGCAGUGGAUGGUGAAGUCCAAGGCGGUCAGCGAGAUGCAGGAGGCCUGCUGGGAGAUGGUUUCGGCCAUGGCCGCAGACAUCAUCCUGCUGCUGGACUCGGACAAUGACGGCAUCCGCACCCACGCCAUCAAGUUCGUGGAGGGUCUCGUCGUCACCUUGUCCCCCCGCGGGGCUGACUCGGACGUGCCCCGGCGCCACGAGCGCGACGUCAGCCUCGACCGCGUGCCCAAGGACCACCCCUACAUCAAACACCACGUGCUGUGGGACGAGGGCCGGAACGCGCUGGAACAGCUGUUGAAGUUCAUGGUGCACCCGGCCAUCUCAUCCAUCAACCUGACCACGGCCCUGGGAGCCCUCGCCAACAUCGCCCGCCAGCGCCCCAUGUUCAUGGCCGAGGUCAUCCAGGCCUACGAGACCCUCCACGCCAACCUGCCCCCCACACUGGCCAAGUCGCAGGUCAGCAGCGUGCGCAAGAACCUGAAGCUGCACCUGCUGAGUGUCCUGAAGCACCCGUCGUCCUGCGACUUCCAGCCUCAGAUCACCACGCUGCUCGUGGACCUGGGCACCCCCCAGGCCGAGAUCGCCCGCAACACACCCAGCCUCAGGGAGCCGCGGAAGCGCCCACGCGAGGAUGGAGACCCGGUCCUGAAGAAGAUGAAGAUCGAGCCCGGUCUGGCCGAGGACGACGAGGACAAGGACCUGGAGCCGAGCAACCCUUCGACCGCCAAGCCGUCGGCCCAGAGCGCGGCCCAGUCAGACACGGACAUCACGGCUGAGUUCCUGCAACCACUGCUCACACCGGACAACGUGGCCAACCUGGUGCUGAUCAGCAUGGUGUACUUGCCCGAGGCCAUGCCCGCCUCCUUCCAGGCUACCUACACGCCAGUGGAGUCAGCGGGCACCGAUGCCCAGAUCAAGCACCUGGCCCGCCUCAUGGCCACGCAGAUGACUGCCGCAGGACUUGGCCCAGGUGUGGAGCACCCCAAGCUCCCCAAGACGGAGCCCAAGGAGGAGAAGCUGGUCAAGCCGGAGAACGUGCUGAUCAAGCGGCGGCUGUCAGCCCUGGGCCAGGGCCAGGCCAUCUCUGUGCUCGGCUCCCAGACAGCUUCCGCUGCCCCCCUGCCCGAUGACGUGCCGCAGGUCAAGAGGCGGCCCGAGCCCAUCAUCCCGGCCACCCAGCCCCGGCUGGCUGGCGUGGGAGGCCGCAAGAAGGUUUUUCGCCUGAGCGAUGUGCUGAAGCCACUGACGGACAGCCAGAUCGAGGCCAUGAAGCUGGGGGCCGUGACCCGCAUCCUGCGCGCCGAGAAGGCCGUGGCCUGCAGCGGGGCCGCCCAGGUGCGUGUGAAGAUCCUGGCCAGCCUGGUACCACAGCUGGCGGUGGGGCUGAAGGAGCAGGUCCUGGCCUUCAUCCUGGAGGACGUCCGCUCCCGCCUCGACCUGGCCUUCGCCUGGCUCUACCAGGAGUACAACGCCUACCUGGCCGCCGGGCCAGCCGGCUCGCUGGACAAGUACGACGCCUGCCUCAUCGGCCUGCUGUCUGGCCUGCAGGAGAAGCCCGACCAGAAGGACGGGGUCUUCACCAAGGUGGUACUGGAGGCGCCGCUCAUCACAGAGAGCGCCCUGGAAGUGGUCCGCAAGUACUGUGAGGACGAGAGCCGGGCCUACCUUGGGAUGGCGACCCUCCGGGACCUGAUCUUCAAGCGCCCAUCGCGCCAGUUCCAGUUCCUGCAUGCGCUUCUGGACCUCAGCUCCCACGACAAGGACAAGGUCCGCUCUCAGGCCCUCCUGUUCAUCAAGCGCAUGUACGAGAAGGAGCAGCUGCGGGAGUACGUGGAGAAGUUUGCCCUCAACUACCUGCAGCUGCUGGUGCACCCCAACCCACCCUCCGUGCUGUUUGGGGCCGACAAGGACACGGAGGUGGCGGCUCCCUGGACGGAAGAGACGGUGAAGCAGUGCCUCUACCUCUACCUGGCACUGCUGCCCCAAAACCACAAGCUGAUCCACGAGCUGGCGGCCGUCUACACCGAGGCCAUCGCCGACAUCAAGCGCACCGUCCUCAGGGUCGUCGAGCAGCCGAUCCGGGGUAUGGGCAUGAACUCCCCCGAGCUGCUCCUGUUGGUGGAGAACUGCCCCAAGGGAGCGGAGACCCUGGUGACCCGCUGCCUGCACAGCCUCACGGACAAAGUGCCUCCGUCCCCGGAGCUGGUGAAGCGUGUGCGGGACCUGUACCACAAGCGUCUGCCUGACGUCCGCUUCCUCAUCCCCGUGCUCAACGGGCUGGAGAAGAAGGAGGUCAUCCAGGCGCUGCCGAAACUCAUCAAACUGAACCCCAUCGUGGUCAAGGAGGUGUUCAACCGGCUGCUCGGCACCCAGCACGGUGACGGGGGCUCCGCCGUGUCCCCGCUGACCCCCGGCGAGCUGCUCGUCGCCCUGCACAACGUCGACUCGGUCAAGUGCGACAUGAAGUCCAUCAUCAAAGCCACCAACCUGUGCUUUGCGGAGCGCAACGUGUACACGUCGGAAGUGCUGGCCGUGGUCAUGCAGCAGCUGAUGGAGCAGAGCCCCCUCCCCAUGCUGCUCAUGCGCACGGUCAUCCAGGGCCUCACCAUGUACCCGCGCCUUGGCGGCUUCGUCAUGAACAUCCUCUCCCGCCUCAUCAUGAAGCAGGUGUGGAAGUUCCCCAAGGUGUGGGAGGGUUUCAUCAAGUGCUGCCAGCGCACCAAGCCCCAGAGCUUCCAGGUCAUCCUGCAGCUGCCCCCUCAGCAGCUCAGCGCCGUGUUCGACAAGUGUCCCGAGCUGCGGGAGCCCCUCCUGGCCCACGUCCGCUCCUUCACCCCCCACCAGCAAGCCCACAUCCCCCACUCCAUCAUGGCCAUCCUGGAGGCCAGCAGCAAGCAGGACCCCGAGGCCAAGGAGCCGCCCUCCCCGGCCCUGGACGAGGAGGAGCUGGAGCCCCUGGCGCUGGCGCCGCGGCCGGGCCAGGACCUGAUCGCGCUGCGCCUGGCCCAGGAGAAAGCGCUCAAGCGGCAGCUGGAGGAGGAGCAGAAGCUCAAGCUGCCGGCGGCUGCCCGGCCCGGCCUCCCGCUCUCCGAAGAGGCGACGGACUUCCACGACGAAGGGCUGGAGGGCGACAUGUCCAGCAUCUUCAUCAGCGUCGAGGACGGCGGCAGCCUGGCCGAGGGCACCAUCCUGGACUCCAGCCUGGAGGGGCUGCUGGGCCAGGAGUUGGAUCCCAAGGAGGAGGGGGCCAGCCCGAACCCGGCCCUCGACGACACCCUGGUAGCCUGCAGCCCGGAGCCCAGGGUUCCCAGCCCGGAGGCCAAGGCCAAGAGCGGCGGCGGCAGCGGCGGGAACGGGGGCGGCAGCUGACAGUCCCGCGGGGCGGAAGGCCGGGCUGGGGGCAGGCUCACUUUCCAAUAAACGCAGUUUGGGAUGGG